AACGCGUUGCGUCAGUCGCACACCAGCUGCUCACGCAUUCGGACGUGUUUUCGCAUCCGUUUCGCAGCCGAUUCGCAACGCUCCGCAGCUCGGUGCCGCCAACAACAGUUGGGGGGGGCCACAAAAACAGCGAACAACACAAACAAGUGGCCAGCGGAUUGGAGUUUCGGCGGGCCGGAGUCUCAAUAGACGAAUAUAAUGUGACAGGACGACAAGAUGGACUUCCAGAAUCGCAACAAUACGGCCAACAAGUUUGUCUGCCCCAGCGACAGGCAACUUGCCCUGCGUGCCAAACUAAAAGCUGGCUGGAGCAGCUCCAAGACCAGUGAGCCGCUGCGUCCCGAGGAGCAGGAGGCCAUCAUCUCGGUGAUCCGGCGCAACGAGGAGAUCGAGGUGGCCGAGCGGCAGCGGGUUGGCCGCCUGGUGGAGCGCGUCGAGAAGAUCAAGCAGCAUGCCGUGGAGCGGGGACCCAACUGCUGUCGUCUGUGCGGCGACACCUUUGGCAUCCUGCGACCGCAGCGCAUCCUGUGCGAGGACUGCCGGCAGUCGGUGUGCGCCAAGUGCAGCGUGGAUAUCAACAUCCGAUACCACACCAGCGAGCGGUCCCGCGAGAUCUGGCUGUGCCGCAUCUGCUCCGAGACGCGCGAGAUGUGGAAGAAGUCCGGUGCGUGGUUCUUCAAGGGUCUGCCCAAGUACGAUAUGCCGCGCAGCGCCAGUGCCACACCCAUGCCCACUCCAGGACCCGGAUCCAUGGCAGGCGACACGCGGGCCGUUCAAAGCUGUCAUGCGACGCCAACACGACCGGCGCGGGUGAAGAAGCUAACCAUCCGGGUGAACGACAGCAGCUCCAGCAGCAGCGGCCAUUCGGAGCCGGAGGACGAGGUGGACACCGGAGUAGGAGUUGGCGUCGGCGGCAUCGUUGGGGGCAUGGCCAAGGGCAUAACAUCUGCGCGCUUGCAGCGUGAGGACAGCUUUCGGCUGAGGGCCUACGGCUCCAUACGCAGCUUCAUCGACGGCGGCGAACGGAAGCUGUCCAACUCGUUCUUCUUUAGCCGCCAGCAAAGUCAACGGCCGUCGGAGUGCCCGGAAUACGACAGCGUCAGCAUGUCGAAGCUGAGGCGGGAGAGCAGCUUCCUGCGGCGCGGCUCCGUCAGCUCAUCCUGGUCGAUCAGCGACAGUUCCGGCUCCGGAUCCAACAACUCCGGUAACUCACAAUCGCAGUCGCAGUCGCAGUACCAGCAGCACCAGCAACAGCAUCAGCAGCACUGCCGAGAUCCGCUGCUCGGCUGGCUGGAGAUUGCCAUCACCUAUCGGGAGGCCUUUCACAGCCUCGACUGCACGAUGGUGCGGGCAAGGGAUCUGCCCGCCAUGGAUGCGGCCGGAUUGACGGACCCGUACUGUAAGCUGAACAUCAUCACGCCGGAGGCGCACACCAAGUACACGCGAUGGCAGCGCACAAAGACGGUGCACAAGACCCGCAAUCCGGAGUUCAACGAAACGCUGCAGUUCGUCGGCGUGGAGCCCGAGGAGCUGGGCAACUCGCUGAUUUACGUGGCCCUCUUCGACGAUGACAAGUACGGCCACGACUUUCUCGGUGCGGCAAAGGUCUGCCUUUCCACGGUGCACAGCACUUCGCAGUACCGGAUCUCUGUGCCACUCGGCGUGGAGGAUCAGUACAGCAACGCGGCGGAGCUGGCCCAGAACUGGCCCAAUGGCAAGAUGCUCCUCUCGCUGUGCUACAACACCAAACGCAGGGCGCUGGUGGUGAACGUGAAGCAGUGCAUCAACCUGAUGGCCAUGGACAACAACGGCAGCUCCGAUCCCUUUGUCAAAAUCCAACUGAAACCGGAUGCGCACAAGAACAAAAAGCACAAGACAAGCGUCAAGUGGCGCACGCUCAAUCCCAUCUACAACGAGGAGUUCUACUUCGAGGCAAGUCCCCACGACCUCAACAAGGAGAUGCUCAUCCUGACCGUGUGGGACAAGGAUCUCGGCAAGAGCAACGACUUCCUGGGCAGCCUGCAACUGGGCGCCCAAAGCAAGGGCGAACGCCUGCAGCAGUGGCUCGACUGCAUUCGAUUGCCCGAUCACUUCCACGAGAAAUGGCAUUGCCUCGCCCCCGACAAUCCUGCCCACUGAGUAGCCCACAUCCCCCACCCCAUCCGAU